AUGCUCGACCAGCUCCUCGCCGCCGUGCCUCCCGCGCUAUGCUGCCAGACCUUCUUCCUCGCGACCGCCGCCGCCGUUCUCGCGGUGCAGAUCCUCCCGCGCCACCUCCGCGCCGCGCUGACCGAGUAUGGGGCCAGGCGACCCGACGACGACAGCGACGAGAGCAGGAACGACAAGAAGCAGUCCGUCCAAAGCCGAGACUUGAUUGCUUCGCUGGCCGACCUCAUCCGUCGCUACGGACAGGUGCCUCACUCGUGGUUCUGGCACUAUUACAUCGUUUCCCUCUCCUGGACCGUCUUUUGGGCGUGGCAGUACCUGUUCAGAGGGUCCGCCAUGGAAACCCUGGCCCGGGCCCAGACCCAGGCCGAGGCUGGUUCGGACGCUCCUUCGACCCACAUGGGACGCGUCUUCCUGGCCUGGUCGAUGCUCGCCUUGCAGGGUGCCAGGAGACUGUACGAGUGCUUCCGGGUCGUCAAGCCGGGACGAACACCAAUGCUGCCUGCCCACUGGAUCCUGGGUCUGGCCUUUUACACCGUCAUGAACACGGCAGUCUGGAUCCAUGGCUCCGGCCCCAUCAUCGCGUCGUGGAAGUCGCGUGACCCCCCCGUCCUGCUGACGACGCGGGUGCCCUUGACUCUGGCCCUCUUCUUUACGGCUUGGUUCAAGCAAUACGAGUGCCACAGGUACCUCGCCAGUCUCAAGAAAUACACACUCCCAAGCGAGGGUUUGUUCAGCCAUCUCGUCUGCCCUCACUACACUUGCGAGUGUUUCAUCUACCUCGCCAUUGCCUUGAUGGCGGCACCGGCUGGUAGCCUUUUCAAUGCUUCUCUGCUGUGCGGCUUGACCUUUGUAGCAGUCAACCUUGGCGUCACGGCGCAUGGCACCAAGCAGUGGUACGUCGACAAGUUCGGUACGGAGCGAGUUGCUGGCAAGUGGAAGAUGAUUCCCUUCGUCUUCUAG